GGAGGCCGGGGAGGGAGCGGGACUCUUGAGCUGAGUCUCGAGAUCAACUGCUUGUUUGGACGACGAGCCUGGAAUUCGGGACACGGGCAAAACCCGGCGUGUGCAGGAGGAAGGCAGGCUGUCCGGCUGCAAGUGAGCUGUCUUCCAGCUCACACCGCGCUGGGCACGCAGAAGGCAUUCAGGAAAUGUUUCUCUCCUUAAAGAACAGGCGUCCAAUCAUUUCUUCCAGUUACCUUGUCGGUUAGUCCUUACCCAGCAACCUCCCUCCCACCCAGCGGGGAGUUUUGCUGGGGACUCUGUUUAACUCCCUAAAUCCCUGACAGUUACAUAAGGCCAGGCAUCCACCCGCAGCCAACACAUCCGGCCACGACCCUAGAGAGAGAGCCCUGUUCUCCUGAGCUGGGGCUUUGGAAUCUUGCAUUAUUUUCUGUGCCAUUUACUUAGCGUGUGACCCCAGGCAGAUCCUGGGCUUCGUCUCCCUGACACGUUUCCAGUCUUUAAGAUGGGGAUAAUGACUGAACCCAACCUCUCAACACUAUUUUGAAGAUUGGAGGGGAUGAUGCAUGUCAAAUACGCCUGUAACAAUCUUCUGUUAGCUUUUACAAUUUUAUAAUAGGCUGAGGGGAGGGUUGUAAUGCUAUAAUAAUAAUGCCAUCCAUUUGGACAGUACUUUACAUGUUUUCAAAGCCUGUUUGGCCAUCUCCUUUCACAACCAGCCUGUAGAGUCAGCUUUAUUAUCUCCAGUUUCAGAGGGGAGAGACUUAAGUGAAAAAACUUGCUCAAGCAUACAUAGUAAUUAGAGCUAGGGCUGAAACCCAGACUUUCAGAGUCUUAGUCCAGUUAUUACACUAAUAGCUAACAGUUGGAUGGUGUUAGAAGCCAGGUACUGUUCCAUGGGCUCUACAGGUGUAAAUUCAUUUAAUCCUGGCAAGAGUCCUGUGCAGGAGGCAAUGUAAUUGUCAACCUCACCUUUCUUUCGGUCCAGCUCACACAGUUAAUCCAGAUGGAGGAGCUGUGAGGAUUUCCUGCUGGCCCUGCUUAGUGCUCACUUUCCAAGCAGUGCUCCCCUUAAUUCUUUUUUAUUUUUUUUGAUGGCUUACUUUAAUGAUUUCAUUCACUCUGCAUUAGUUCUCCAGUUAACACUUGGGCAUCCCCUAAUCUCACACCGUUCUUCAAAAAUUCGGUUCCAGCCUUCCAUGUGCAGAUGUUCUGCCUGAGUGAGUUUACCCUUUUCCAUUUCCUUGUACUCUGUCUCCCCCAUCUAUUUCUUUGCUUCCAGAUCUCUCCCUCGAGACCAUUCCUACCAGUUACCUGAAGGUCAUCUUUAUUUGAGCAUUGUAUAACCAUCUCGAGCUGAAUUUAGGGAGAACACCACCCUGCCUUUUAGCCUGCUCGCCAUUUUGCUUCUUAAACACAGAAAAAGGGCACAGUAUUUAAGGCAUCUGGGCUUGCCCACACUCUCUCACUUUCAGUCUCUCACCAAGCACUCCUGCCACCUCCACCCCACGCCCAAAUAACACUGUCCUCAGAUGUCUUUCUCAUUCCCCUCUCCAGCUAAAUGCUUGGUCAUUUUCUUUCUAAACUGAUAUGAAUUCAUUGGUAUCCUCCUUGCUUCUAGUCUUUCAAUCCCUGCCCUAAAAACUGGUCAUCUUCCUUUUCCCCACUUUCCAUGUUUUUUCUCCAAAUGGCUCCCGGAUUUCCCCCUCCAGUUAUGUUUGCUUUCUCAUCUGCUGCCCAGAACCCUUCUCUCUUCUGUCUUUACCCGGCUCCCCCUCCCAAUUCCAAACCGCUGGUACUGUCCCUAAAGACAAGAUACUCACAUUGUGUUUUCACAAUUUAUUUUAAUUGAAUCUUCCCUGAUUAAAUAGUCAGCAUUCCUUUUUUCCCCCCUUUGUGGCUGGCAGUGCCUCCCAACACCACAGUUCCCUACCUUAACUUUUUUCCCUCCAUGCAUGUGAAAAGAAAAACAGAUCACCUGUGGCACUUUCUAGAAUCCUUUAUUUUUGUAAUACUUUCCUUGCUGAACGUCAGCCUCUGUUAAAAAUGGGCGCUUUUGUCUGUGUCCACAUACUUCGCAUAGGAUACCACUCGGUGAGAAAAAAAUCUGAGUCAAAUGAAAUUUACCUGGAGGCUUAUAGAAAUACAGCAACAAAAGAUGUGAUUUCUUCAUAAGACACAGUUUGAUACAAGAUUCAUGAAAAUACCAGAAUUUAAUAGUGCUUAGGGAUAAAAGUUGGAAAUGCUAUCUUUUUUUAAGAAUUUAUUUAUUUGAAAGGCAGAGUUACAGAGAGACAGAGUGAGAAUGAGAAAUUCAUCUUCCACCUGCUGGUUCACUCUCCAAAUGCCUGUAACAGCCAAGGCUGGGCCAAACUGAAGCCAGGAGCCAGGGUCUCCCAUGUGGAUGGCAGGAGCCUAAGCAUUUGGGCCGUCUUCCACUGCUUUCCCAGGUACAUCAACAGGAAACGGGAUUGGAAGUGGAGCAGCUGGGACUUGAACCAGUGCCCAUAUGGGAUGCCGGCACUGCAGGCGGUGACUUAACACACUACACCACAACACCAGCCCCUGAAAAUGCUAUCUUGAAAUAACACUACCUGUUUACUAAGGGUCUAUCACAGGCCAGGCACUUCAUGGCAUUUACAUGUUAUCUCAGUUAUUGCGUGUCUGCUUAAAGUUUAUUAUUAUUAGCUUCAAGUAGAAGAAGAGAAGAAUUGAAGCCCAGGGAGGAUCGGCAACUUGUCUCGGAGUAAUGGGCACAGCUGAGGUUCCGACUCCUUGAGGCCAAAGCCAGACACUCGGAACAUGGCUGCAGAUGCAACCCAACUGCCGUUCCGUGAACGUCUUCUGUGCACAAGGCUCUGCGCUAGGCACUGCAGUCCUGGGAUGCAGGGAAGUUUCCCAGAGGACUGGCCUCAGAAACUUUACAGCCCAGCAGAGAACCUUACAUAAUGGCUGGGAUCGGAGCUGAAAGGGGAAGAUGUAUCAUCUUGAACGUGUGUGCGCGCGCCUGGCUCUCUGCAUCCAUUUCUCGCUUCGCCAGCCUCGCCACCUCCUUUCCUCCAGUCCUGCCACCCUUACUCCUCCGUGCCCAGCCCUGUCCUUCUCCCAGGUUCCGUCUCCUUGUCCACACUGCCUUCCUCCGUAACAACCUCUCGCCCACCACCAGCACCAACACCCCUCCCUCUACAGACCCCUGCUCACUCAUCCUUCUGCCCCCACUCCCCUGCAUCACUCCCACAGCCCCGUCCCCUGAUGCCAGCCCCCUCCCUUCCUCCCGACCCGCCUCCUGUGUCUCCCAGCCCUGCUCUGACGUGGGAGGUGAGGGGGGUGGGGGACGGAUGACUCACAGUGUUAUGAUGCAGUUCCACAACACACAGCCACAUUCACCCACAGACCGAGGGACAGAACGAGAGACAACCUCUGGCCCCCCGGCAGCUGGCCAGCUUUGCAGCCCACCCCGUCUUGAGCCCCCAACUACCCUCCCCCGCCCCAUCCCCUUCCCAAUUGAAGGAGCGGAAAGAGAAGAGAGAAGAGUGAGCAGAGAGAUUGAGAGAGAUUGAGAGAGAGAGAUAGACGGAGAUCUCUGGAGCAGACCUCAAGCACCCUCAGCUACGUUAAGGCGCCAGCAGUCCUCACCAGAACCCAGCAAGUACUUCGUCUUCAGUCACCCACAGAGUCAUCGCUGUUUGACCCCGCCCUGGGAGAAGCCCUGCCCAAACUGGGAGCCCGGCUUCCCUGACGUGUUACUGCUUUCCCAUUGGUCCAGCGGUCAGAUUCGCCUAAAGGAAAGCUGUCCUCGCUCCCAGGGCUGGGAAGACAGCCAGGUGACCUCCAUUUCUACCUGGUUCUCGUCUGGGGGGGCCCUGGCCGGGCAGCCCCCCCACAUUUCUCCUGCCCUGAAACACGGCUCUAGCCAACCUGCUCCGCUGCUUCACCUGCGACCGUCUGUGUGGGGGCUGCACGGCGCCAGCCCCUCCAGCCCGCCAGGGCAUCGUCCUGCAGCCCGUCAUGCCCAGCUGUGACCCUGGCCCAGCCCCUGCCUGCCUCCCCACCAAAACCUUCCGCAGCUACCUGCCCCGCUGCCACCGUACUUACAGCUGUGUCCACUGCCGUGCACACCUGGCCAAACACGAUGAGCUUAUUUCCAAGUCCUUCCAAGGGAGCCACGGCCGAGCCUACCUGUUUAACUCCGUGGUCAACGUGGGGUGUGGGCCAGCCGAACAGCGCCUCCUGCUCACGGGGCUCCACUCGGUAGCCGACAUCUUCUGCGAGAGCUGCAAAACCACACUGGGUUGGAAAUAUGAACAAGCUUUUGAGACAAGCCAGAAGUACAAGGAAGGGAAGUACAUCAUUGAAAUGUCACACAUGGUGAAAGACAACGGCUGGGACUGAGGGGCUCAGGCAGGCUCUGCGCUUCCUCCGCAUGCCCCACCCUCUCCACACCUGCCCCCUGGCCCUGCCAAGCAGUCCAUACCAGCAUGAGUACUGCCCCACCCCUGGGGGAACCCGGCUCCAACCAACGCCUCCCCUGCCUCCACCACUUCACCACCAGGCCCCUUCUGGAACUGGGGUCUGGGGGUGCCCCAGGGGUGUUCAAGGCUCAGGAGUGGGCAGCAGCCAGGGCAAAGGGAUGGGUGCGGGUCCCUCUAGUCCAGUGUCCGGUCAGCUGAGAUGGCGGGGGUGGACUUGAGCUCAGGCAGAGGGCCCCAGGAGUGGUCAGGUGUCAGCCCCCCUCAAGAGAGCAGAGGAACCCUGGGUCACUAGGCUGGCAGGUCCCAGGCCACGGGACAGCCUAUGAGAACAGGAUGGGGUUGGAGUGAAAUUUUGAGCUAAGAAUCUCUGAGGGUGAAGUUUCCCACCCUCGUUUAUGGGAGAAAAGGACCCCGGGGGGUGAGAGGGAAAUAGCCCAAUCUCAGGCCCUGGGAGGAAAUAAAAGAAUGACGGGGUUUCCAUUUCACUCCACUUGUUUAUCUUCGCACUUACGAGGCACUUUUGAGUAUCUAACCUUUGCCAUUGGGUGGGGUGGGGAAAGCUGCCCCUGGAACAGCCCCACCCCCAGCUGGGUGUUCCCAGAGCAAGCAGUCUUCAUGGGCACCCUCCCGGGCCCAGCCACUGCUCCCUGGGACCCAGCCCCCUGGAGGACAGGUGGAAAAUCAGGGCUACGGGGCCAGGCUUUCCCGUGGCUGCCACCAGCGAAUGAAACUUUUGUAUGAUAUAUAAAGUGUUUGGGUCUAUUUUUAAUAAAAAGGGGAAAAGCAACUUUGAGGCACUCUGUCCUCUGACUUUCCUUCCUCUUGGCUUAGUGUCCCUGCCCUCUCCUCCCUCCACCCCGGGCUUGUUCUUGUACGCCGCUAGGGGGCAGCAGUUGCUUUGUCUGUGGCAAGACACUCCCCGCCUCUGGCUUCCAUGAGUAUUCAGAAGAGGUUUUGCUUCAUUAAGGAUGGGUUCUUGUGAGCUGUAGUCUGGCUGCAGCACCCAAAGCAGCUCGGGUCUUCUGGGACACCUGCCAAUAAACCUAUUUUUGCUGGAAUCCAAGAUGGGGCAGCUACAAGAGGUUCAUUCCAGAACAAGGGUUUUCUUGGGUCCUAGUGCUUUUCUGCCUGGUUCUGUAAUGUUCUGGUCAGCUCAUGGGCACACUUAGGGGCUAAAAGAGCAACCGGCCAAGAUGCUGCCUUGGCAGUUGACAGGUGUGGAAUGGAAUGGCUCAAAAUCACAGCAUCAAUAAAACCUUGUGACCCAAGGGGCAUUGGGGUGGGGGGGAGGAUAGUGAUCUUAAAUUUCUACUGUUGUUGGGUGCCCAGUGCCUACCAGGGAGAUUGUACAUGUCAUAAAAACCUUUUUGUAAGUUGUA